CCCUUCCGCGCACCUCGCUCUCAAUGCGUCGCCGCCGCAUCUCCUCUCCUUCCCCCAUCUCUGCUGCCUCGCCGCUCGUUGUCCCGGAGGUCGCGGGCUACCCGAGGUAUCCGACGUACGUCUUCAAGAUCCACAGCCACCUUCUUCCGCGAUGGUGGAGCCAUGUGCUCUACCCCGACGCCCUGUGCUUCGCACCGCUGCCGUGGCGACCGCUCAUCUGUAGGCCUUCUAGGACUGAGUUGCGCGGCAACCACCUUGAAUCUGAGGGGGGUGGUCUCCAUCGUCAAGUCUGAUGUGGUUCCAGGAAACGUCGAUGUUGCGGGUAGAAGCGGAGGCAGAAUUGGGCAUGCUCAAAUUAUUCCUGCUUUGGUAAGCUGGGCAGCGAGGGCAUCGUCGAAGCAGCAGACCACUGCCGAGGUGUGGCGGUUCGGGAGUACCGUGGAGGUCUUCACCAUCUUCUAAUGCGUACGUGAAAUGUGGAACCAAGAGGAUAUAAUGUUUGCUCUGUCCUUUUUUUGUAAACUGGCAUUUAAAAGUAUCGUUGCUUAGAGAUUAGAAUAGCAAUGUAAGCUCAAGUCGUGAUGUGAGCCCUGAUGAAACUCGGCUGAGCAU